AUGGGUGAUGCUGACAGUCCUACAGGGCCACCACCAAUUGCAAAUCCUGACAGUCAACGAGAGCUGCUGAACACGAUUGACAAGCGUCUUACAUCAGAAGACCAAGCUUUGCUAAAUGCCACAAUUUCUGGAGCUGAACUCACCGACGCGCUCAAGCAAAUGAAAGCCAACUCGGCGCCCGGCAUGGUAGGCCUUACAGCUGUCUUCAACCGCGUCGCAGCUGAGGACUUUAAAAAAUGCCUGAGUACAUUUUUCAAUUACCAGCUGUCAUGCGGCAAGCUCUUUUCUUCCCAACGCAAGUCAGCUGUGUGCAUGUUACACAAGAAAGGCUCCAGAGAUGAUCCUGGCAACUUCCGACCAAUCUAA